AUGAACCAGCAAGACUAUAAUAACAACUAUAGUAAUAAUCCUCAUGGAGGAAUAACAACGGCUGAGGUCUUGGACCGCGCAAUGGAUCAAUGUAUGCAGCGAGGUCUCUUCGACACCGCAUCCUUUCUAGGUCAAAUUGCCCUGGACGCUACAGAGAGUGUUCUGCGGGAAACUAUUCCACUAACUUCAUCUGUAGUCUCAGCGGUGCAGGAUCCACCACUCACAGGAAGGGCCCAUCGACACCAUGUUGUUGCCCUUUCCCUUAUGCAGAAGGGAGAGUAUUUACGAUGUCAUCAUCAACUCAAGAAUGCACUGCAGGAGUAUACAUCCGAGACGGAAGUUUUCAUGGAGGAACAUGAGGGACAAAUGAAGGAUCAACCAUUACUAUCACGUAGAAGUGGUCGAUCUACAACUUCACAGAUACAACAACAACAACAACAAGAACAAGAACAAUCAAAUUCCUCUCUACUAGUUCCACCACCACAGCUUCAGUUCUUGUGUCUCUACUCAUUAUAUAUGGGAGGGGAAUGUAUUAAGAGUACAAGUAGCAAUCCACGAAAAAGCAGUAAUCCACAUUUACGUAUGUUGCGUGGGAUGUUACUUACAGCACUUGAACAGCAAAGAAGUUCCUCUGUUACCCCAUCAGGAUCUGUGCGAUCAACAACAAAAUCGGUACCACAUUCAUCAUCUACAUUAGGAAGUAGUGGAAUGAAAAAUAUAUCAUCAUAUGGAGAUCCUUUUCUAUGUUGGCUACAUGGUGUUGUUUUACGUGAAUUAGGUAUGAAACAAGAGAGUGCUACUUAUUUUCUUGCAGCACUUUGUAAUCAUCCUAUGCUUUGGUGUGCCUGGGAAGAUCUCUGUUCACUUGUUAGUAGAGAAAAUCAAAUUGAAGAGAUUGAAGCUAUGAUAGCUACUCUAGAACCUAGAUUUAUGCCGGAAAUAUUUUUAGCAUCUGUAAAAGCUGCAUUAAAUGUAGCCCCUUUAUCAUUUGUACAACCUUCUUCUACAAAUGUUGAUACAGGAUCUACCAUUAAUACAGUUAAUGCUACGCCUACUACUACUACUACUACUACUACUACUACUACUACUACUACUACAAAUAUAAAUACAAUGGAUAUCACAAGACAACGAAGUACAAGUCCUUCUCCACAACCGAGGGCUACACACGAGUGUCUCUAUGUCCAUAACCAACAGCAACAACAACAACAACAACAACGACGUGGUGAGGGUGGUGCUUCUCCACGAUUAGUAAAUUCGUGGGAAUUGCUUUUAGAACAGUUUCCCAAUAAUUUAUUUCUUCUUUCUAGCCUUGCUGGAUACCAUUAUAACGUAAAGAAAGACCUUGAAAAAGCACAGAGUUUCUAUAAACGAUUACAUGAGAUGAAUCCAUAUCGACUUGAAUCUAUGGAUGAUUACUCUAUAGUUUUAUUUCUUCGUGGUGAUCGUAUUGGUCUAAGUAGUCUUGCACAACAAGUUUACCAUGUAGAUCCAUUCCGAGCUGAAAGUAAUUAUGUUGUUGGAAAUUAUUACGUACUUAUGGGAGCUCAUGAUCGUGGAGUAUUACACUUCCGUCGUGCUGUAGCGGCAAAUCCAACAUUUCUUGCUGCAUGGACACUAUUAGGACAUGCAUACCUUGAAACUAAAAACAGUGCCGCAGCCGUAGAGGCAUACCGAAUUGCUGUGGACCUUGACCCACGAGAUUAUCGUGGAUGGUAUAAUCUUGGUCAAGUAUAUGAACUUUUACAGUUUUAUCAUCAUGCAUUAUACUACUAUUGGCAAACGACUACAUUACGUCCUACAGAUCCACGUAUGUGGUCUGCUGUGGCGAAUUGCCUUGAUCGUGAAGGGCGUACAAGUGAGGCGAUACUCUGUCUGGAACGUGCAGAGGUGUGUGAGAGUCCAAGCUCAGACUUUUAUCCUCCACUUGUCCGUCGACUUGGUUUACAUUACUUAAGUGUACGUAAGACAGAACGUGCGGUGACGUUCUUGGAGAAACUCGCCACCUGUGAAUCCAAAAAACGGGAUGAUGUGUUAUUAGCCGUACCGCACAUUGUACCUUAUUACCUACAACAGGCAAAACAAUUGCUAGAUGUUCCCUCUCGUUCACCUAGUUAUGAUCCAUCACCGCAUUUUUCAUCCAUGGGAGGAGGAGGAGGAGGAGGAGGGAGAUCGUUGCCAACAGGAUCAGGCGGUGUUGGUCUAAGCAGUAAUAGUAAUAGUUGUUGUCGGAGUAGUUUAGCAGAUCAAUGGAUCGUUGCUGAUCCCGCGGGUCGGCGAAACAUAGAGGCCCGCUGGGAACAGGCCGCCGCAUGUCUCUCCGCCACUGAAGGCCACUUGGAGAACUUCGCCACCGCGCUGGGAUUUCAAACCGCCGCCGCCGCUGCGGAGAGCGGCUCGAGUAAACCGACGGAGUACGGCACGAGAGGAAGUGGGAUGGGCGACGAGGGUCGCAACUCCCACACGGCGCAGCUCGCACGUUAUUAUCGUGAGUGGAAGGCCGUACGGCAGUACUUGACCGCACAGCAGCAGCAGGUGGAGACGACUAUGCGUAUGAAGGAGACAAGGCGAAAGGAGUAA